AUGACUGCCUCUGAAAAGAGAGUUAUGGAUUCCCAAUCUGUCAUGCAGAAAAACUCAAAAACAGGAUUACCUUCAAUAAAACUUUUCCUUAUAGAUAUUGAUAAGGCUACAAAGUAUGCUUCAUCAUGCUUUUGUGGAUAUCACCCAGAUAAACCUAAAUGGGCAUUUGUUAGAUAUAUGUAUGGAGUAAUUGCAAGUGAUCCAAGAGCACUAUAUUAUGAAAAUAUUAGAUUUAAAUAUAUUUUACCUGAAAAAAUUUCUAGCAUAAAGUCAUUUUCACCUGAGAGAAGUACUAUAAUUGUUUUUGAGGAUUUAUUAAUUAUUCAUGAGAAUUUAUCCCAUCUACUAAUAUUUAAUGAGGGCAGUAGUUAUCAGGAUGUGUCCAAAAUAAUUGGACGAUAUGCUGAUGAUAUUAAGAAUGCAUCAAUGGUUAUUAAUAGUUACCUUCGAAAAAAUAAAUUUAUUGUAUUUGAUCUUACUAGGUCAGAGGAUGAUCUAUUAGCAAUUCGUUUAAGAUUCAAUACUCUACUGGAUUUGCAGAAAGAGAUAGAGUUACAUUAA